CUCUUUCUGCCCUACCGAUUUCCUCCCACCGCCAAGAUGCAGAAGCGCUUCGUCGUUCCCUCCCUUUUCUGCCUCCUUCUCCCUUCCAUCCGUCCGACAACCGGGCAAUACCCAUGUCCCAAUCCGGAAGACAUUUCCCCUUGCGCCUGCUCCGCACUUGAGGAUAAAGUGUACGUGAGCUGCUUCAAUACAACCUCAAGCGACGACAUCUUCUCCGCCUUCAACAACGCCUUUUGGCCCGUUACAAACCUCACGGGAUUUCAUCUGGGACACAAUUUUGACGUCCACGAGAUCUCCGAAAGAAUGUUCGGAGAUAUCUCAUUCGAGGGAAUCGGAACUGACUGGUGCGGAGUAGUAAGCGUCCGUCCGUCGGCUCUGAUGCCUUCCAAAGAUCGACUCGAAUACAUCUCCAUGAAUCGGGGCGUCCUGGAACAGUUUCCGUGGGACUACAUGCAGCAUUUCACAAAAUUGGUGGCGAUCGACUUCAAAUAUAAUUGGUUGACUGUGUUACCACCUGUGCAGAGCACCAGUCUGGAGAGACUCGUUCUUGCUGGCAAUCCAAUAACCACGCUGGAGGCUGGCUCGUUCAUGCCGAACUUGAAGGAUAUUAACCUUUGUGAGUUUCCUCUUCUUAUGAUUACCGCCAUGUCUCGCAAGUCUCCCCAAAGAUAA